AUGGCCCAAGCAAAGCCCAAGAACAUUGUUAUCAUAGGAGGCUCAUUAGGUGGUCUCAUGGCCGGAGUCUCAUUGAAGCGUCUGAGAAGAGACCUCAACAUCCGUAUCUUCGAGCGCAACCCAACGCCCCUUCUCCAAGACCAAGGCGCUGGCGUCGUAGCCGGCCCAGAAGUGCAAAAGUUCUUCAAAACGCACGACCGGACCCAUACACCACUGACAGUCCCGAGCCACCAGCGGCAAUAUCUCGAUAAAGAAGGUAAAAUAAUCAGCCGCCACGACCAAGACCAACACAUGACAAGCUGGGACCUCCUCUACCACCUCCUCCGUACAAACUACGACGGCACAAAAACCGACUACGCCGAAGUCCCCACCCCAGAACCAGGCGAAGGAAAGACAUCCUACGAGUACGGCUGCACAGUCACAAACGUAGACGUCCCCUCUUCAGAUUUCUCCACCCCAAUCCAAAUAUCCUAUACGCACACCUCCGGCACAUCGCACACCACCCCCGCAGACCUCGUCCUCGCCGCCGACGGCCCCAGCUCCCAAAUCCGAACUUCCUACUUCCCCAGCACAACGCGUACCUACGCCGGCUACAUAGCCUGGCGCGGCACCCUCCCCGAGACCUCUCUCUCAGCUGCAACCCACUCUCUCUUCACCAACACCUUCACCUUCUUCCAUGCCCCCGGCACGCAAAUCCUCGCUUACACCAUCCCCGGUCAUCAUGGCACCGUUGAACCGGGGCAGCGUUUGCUAAAUUGGGUCUGGUACGUCAACGCCCCCGAAAACUCAACUGAGCAUGAAGAUGUCAUGACCGAUGUACAUGGGAAGAAGCAUCACAUCACGCUUCCACCGGGCGCUAUUAACCCAGAUGUUUGGAAGCGCCAGAAGAAGAGGGCAGAAGAGAUGUUACCGCCGCAGUUUGCGGAGGUGGUGCGGGGGACAGAGGUCCCGUUUGUGCAGGCGAUUACGGAUGUGAUUUCCCCCAAGGCGGUGUUGGAGGGAGGAAGAGUGGUGUUGCUGGGUGAUGCGCUUGCGGGGUUUCGGCCGCAUACGGCGGCGAGUACGAACCAGGCGGCUUUGGAUGCUAUGGCGCUGGCUGGGGCGGUGGAGCGAUUGUUAGGAGGAGAAAUGGGGUCGCUGGGGGAGUGGGAGGCGGAGGUGAUGCGGUAUGCGGUUGAGAUGCAGAGGAGGGGGGUGGAAAUGGGGGAUAAGAGUCAGUUUGGGGAGCAUGAGAUGCAGAGGUAG